AGAAGAAGAAAAAAAAGAAGAAGAAGACGUUCGUCAGACACAAAGUGUCACUGUGAACACCGGACUGUUCUGUACUGAUUGGUCCUUUGUUGUCCAGUAGAGGGGACAGAAGACAGGAUGGGCCGCUCCUCCAAAGACAAGCGGGAUAUUUACUACCGCUUGGCUAAGGAGGAGGGAUGGAGGGCCAGGAGCGCCUUCAAGCUGCUGCAGCUUGACCAGGAGUUCAGUCUUUUCUUUGGUGUCAGCAGGGCAGUGGAUCUGUGUGCGGCUCCUGGCAGCUGGAGUCAGGUCCUCAGUCGUAAACUCAGGGCCCAGGGGGAGAAGGCCCAGAUUCCUGAGCAGGUUAAGAUUGUGGCAGUGGAUCUGCAGGCCAUGGCGCCUCUGCCCGGAGUGACCCAGAUCCAAGGAGACAUCACCAAGGUGACCACUGCACAGGAGAUAAUCCGCCAUUUCGAGGGUAAGCCGGCAGACCUGGUGGUGUGCGACGGCGCCCCUGACGUAACUGGCCUCCAUGAUGUGGAUGAGUAUAUCCAAGCUCAACUCCUAUUGGCUGCUCUGAAUAUCACUACUCACGUUCUCAAGCCUGGAGGAACGUUUGUGGCUAAGAUCUUUCGGGGGAAGGAUGUGACGCUGCUGUACUCUCAGCUGAAGAUCUUCUUCAGCAGUGUGACCUGUGCUAAACCUCGCAGCAGCAGAAACUCCAGCAUUGAGGCGUUUGUCAUCUGUCAAAGUUACUCUCCACCUGAAGGUUACGUCCCCAACAUGUCCAACCCCCUGCUGGAUCAUUGCUAUGAUGUGGAUUUCAACCAGUUUGAAGGUCCAAACCGGAUCAUCGCUCCUUUCCUGGCCUGUGGUGACCUCAGUGCCUUCGAUUCCGACAGAACAUAUCCGCUGCAGCUGGAUCCUGGUCAGCAGUACCAGUACACUCCUCCCACCCAGCUCCCCAUACUCCCCCCCUACGAGCAGGCCUGUCAUCUCCGCAGAAACAACCUCCUAUCCAGAGAGGAUGCACUGCCCGCCGCAGCCAACUGCAACCCAGAGAACCCAGAACCACUGGACCCAUCCAACAACCGCAACCCAGAGAACCUGGAACCACUGGACCCAUCCAACAACCACGCCCCAGAGAACCUGGAACCAAUUGGCCAGUCCACGUGAUCUACACCUACAUCUAUCCUCAGUAACUG